ACUAAUUUAAAUAUUAUGGGUGACGACAACACAAAUUCUAGUAAAAAAUGUGAUGCGAAAAAAUAUGAUAUCGUUAUUAUUGGCAGCGGCAUGGCCGGUUUGGCUGCCGCCAAUUAUCUCCUAAAAAAUGGUGAAGAAAACUUUGUUAUAAUAGAAGCGAGAAAUCGUGUCGGAGGACGAAUUAUAUCUAUUCCAAUGAAGGCUCAUAGCGUAGAGCUCGGAGCAAAUGGGAUACUUGGAGUGUUAGGUAACCCUAUUUUCGAAAUAGCGAUGUCCAACGGACUCGUAAACAUUAUAAACGUACCCAAGCCACACAAGGUUAUAGCCGCUACUGAAGACGGUAAACAGGUACCAUUUGGAGUACUACAUGAGAUUCAUGAGGCGUACAUGUGCUUUCUCCACCGCUGUGAAGAGUAUUUCCUAUGUCAGUAUUUGCCUCCACCUGAUAUUCACAGUGUUGGUGAGCAUAUCAACUUAGAAGCUACGAUUUACUUAGAACGUCUACCAACAUCAGAAGAAAAGAAAUUGAGACGCCAAAUAUUUGACUGUUUAUUGAAACGUGAGACAUGUAUAUCUGGAUGUAGUACAAUGGAUGAAAUUGACCUUUUAGAAUUAGGUAGCUAUACAGAAUUACAAGGAGGAAAUAUUACGAUACCAUCUGGUUAUAGUACUAUCCUACAGCCAAUGACUAAAAAUAUAACCCCUGAUAAAAUUAUAAACAAUCACCCUGUAAAUAAAAUUAUCUGGGACUCAAACCGUGGACAGGGAUGUGAUGAUGUGGGGGAUGAAUCAGAGGACUCAGAUCAGACUGUGAUAGAAGACAUCUCUAAAGCAUCUACCUCCAGCAAAGCUGCUGCAGAAGAUACUACUGCUGCAAGCUCUUCACAAAAACCAAAGAGACAUCCAAAUUAUGUAGAAAUAGUUUGUGACAAUGGGGAAACUUUCUAUGCUAACCAUGUGAUAUGCACAAUUCCAUUAGGUGUUCUUAAAGAACAAGCAAUUAAUAUAUUUGAUCCACCCCUACCUCAGUACAAAAUGGAGUCAAUUGAAAGGUUACUAUUUGGUACAGUAGAUAAAAUUUUCCUAGAAUACGAUAGACCUUUUCUUAAUCCAGAAGUGACAGAAAUAAUGUUGCUUUGGGAGACUCCAUCUGCACCUGAAGAUAUAUCACAGUCUUGGUAUAAGAAAAUUUACUCAUUCACUAAAGUCACAGAGACUCUCUUACUAGGAUGGCUAUCAGGCAGAGAAGCUGAACACAUGGAGACAUUGUCAGUGGAAGAAGUGGCAUCUACAUGUACAAAAAUUUUGCGUAAAUUUCUAAAUGACCCAUUUGUACCUGAACCACAGAAAUGUGUAUGUACUAGUUGGAAAAAGCAGCCAUAUGCAAGAGGAUCUUAUACCGCUAUUGCUGUUGGAGCCAGUCAGAGUGACAUCGAGAGUAUAGCUCAGCCAUUAUUUAGGAAUGUUCGUGAUAAAAAGCCUGUAUUGCUCUUUGCAGGAGAGCACACUCACAGCAGCUUCUAUUCCACAGUUCAUGGUGCAUAUCUAUCAGGUCAAACUGCAGCAAGGCGGUUGCUGGCGGCUGAUGAACCUCCUGAAAAUGUUUUAGAAUGUCCUGGAUCAGCUGAUCUCUCUUCUUGGAUACAAGGUGUCCAGCUUGAAGGGUAAAGCUGUUAAUGUAUAUAGUCUUCUAAUGCCUGAUUCUCAGUGCUGUUAAGGUGAUAUUGCCCAUGACAAGGGUUUGAUGCCCAUUUGAUUCAUAGGAUUUUAGAAGAAUUAUAAUAACUUAGUAUUUAUCAAUAGUUGCAUAUUUAACUUGUUCUUUGAGUAGUUUUUUGAUUAUGAGGCAUCCUUGGUUGAGGUGUUACAAAAUUGGCUGUUGUGGUACCUGCCUAACAUUCUACAACUUCCAAAAUAAUUUGGUAACAUUAUGAUGGCAGGAUAUUUGCAAGAUAUUGCAAACUGCACGUAUGUAGUGUUGGUCAUUCUAUAUGACAUGAAAUGUUAUUCCAUUAAUUUGGGACCCUUUCUAGAUGAUAAGCUUUUUGUUUGUGAAGUCCCAUCUAACUUAUAUUACGCACAGUACUCAUGGAAAUUUAAUAAAUUUGUCUCAAAAACUUUUAUUUUCAUACUACAGUACAUCAAAAUUAUGUGUUUAAAACGAUCCCUUAUUUUAAUAAUAGUGCCAUAAAGAAUUUUAUUGCAUUAUUAUCAAAUAGGUUAUUAUGAUAUGAUUUACAAUGUCACACACUCGAAUAAUGAUGACAUUUGAUAACGUAAUGAAAAACAUUUAGGAACCUUCAUGUUGUAUGUUACCAAAAAUGACCUGCAGUAUGUUGUACAAGAUGUACAUAGUAUGUGAAUUACCAUUAAUUAUAAUGUUAAAUUGAGUGUGAUAUGAAGGGAAAUUCAAUAUUAUUUUGAAACAAAAUAAUUUUGUUAUAUAAAAGUAUAUCCUACUGUGUCUGGCAAAUUAAGCUGUGGUAGCAAUUUAUUAGUUAUUAUUGUGAUUCAAUAAUAUACUUAAUUUUAAAGAAAUAUUUUAUUGUAUAUUUCACUUUUUAGUUCCACA